AUGGCGGCUUGUGCAGUCUCUAUAGACACCACCAUGCCCUGCCUGCCACGUGCGUCUCUUCUAUGCUGACCUAACUUUCUCAGGGUUCACCCUUGUGACAAGGCAGAUGACUGGUCCUUUUCAUGCCUGCCACCUCUAGGUAUUCGCUCUCUUCUUUUGCCCCUUGGAGGAGGAGUUGGGGCUCAGGUGCAACCAGCGGGAGCUGCCAGGAAAUGAGAAGCUCACGAGCAGCCAUCCUGGCAGCACAGCCUUAGCAUCUGCUGGGGGUCUUAUCUAAAUGUGUUGCUCUCGGCAGAACUUGUAGCAGGUGCCACGGGAUGUCUGACUAGCUUGCAUGGAGCUGCACUGCCUUGCUGGAAAGAACAGCCAGGUAGAUUUGUGCAAUGCUAUGGAGCGGAGUUCAGGAGGACCUUCUGGUGAGCAGGCAGAGGAAUCAGCCACCAGAGCUGCUCUCUGCUGCCAGCAACAUUGCACCCCUGGAAUGGAAGCCUCAAGACCCAGCCCUGCUCCUGCAUCCCCUUCCUUCUAUCCGCAAGAGAGCACCCCUCUGCCAGACUCCUUCUCAUCAGGACCUUUUGACCCAGGGAACAGCCGAGGAAUAGCAGAACGAAAAGUCUGUAACUGCUGCAGCCAGGAACUGGAAACAUCGUUUACUUAUGUGGAUGAGAAUGUGAACUUGGAGCAGUGGAACCGGAGGUCCCCUUCAACCAAGGGGACCAGCCAUCCCAGAGACCCUGGCUGGGGAAAUCCAAAUGACUGGUCCCAAGAGGCUGCCAUAUCCUUGAUAUCGGAAGAAGAAGAUGACUCAAGUUCCGAAGGCACAUCUUCAGGGAAGUCAGUCGACUAUGGUUUUAUCAGCGCUAUCUUGUUCUUGGUCACUGGCAUCUUGCUGGUGAUCAUCUCAUAUAUUGUUCCCCGGGAGGUGACUGUGGAUCCCAACACAGUGGCCGCCCGUGAGAUGGAGCGCCUGGAGAAGGAGAGUGCCAGGCUGGGGGCUCACUUGGACCGCUGUGUCAUCGCCGGCCUCUGCCUCCUCACUCUGGGGGGAGUAGUCCUGUCUUGCCUGCUCAUGAUGUCUAUGUGGAAGGGGGAGCUCUAUCGUCGAAACAGGUUUGCCUCUUCUAAAGAGUCAGCAAAACUCUAUGGUUCUUUCAACUUCAGGAUGAAAACCAGUGCUCAUGACAACACCCUAGAGCUUUCCUUGGUGGAGGAGGAUGCUCUUGCUGCACAGAGUUAACUUUGGUUGUGAACUUGUUCAAACUCUGCCUUGGUAUUUUGUAUGGGAAAGAAAAAGGUUUUUGUUGUUGUUGUUG